AAAAUGUAGUUACUGGUUGUAUAUUCCUGAAAUUGUGCAGGGAAAAUAUCUACACGUUUGCACGACCCGUAUUUAGUGGCCAGUGUGCAGCUCGUGUGCGGUGGAGGAGGAUGCAUAUAGGUCCGAAGUAGAUGGCAUUAGAUCACAAAGAUGUCACUAUCAAAGCGUGAGUAUGAGGAAUACAAGUUGGCAGUGGACAAGAUGGUCUACAAAUAUGUGUCACGAGACCGUUCAAGCGUGGUAUCAGCCAUUACUCAUGCUGUGGACUCAGGUUCAGACAAAAGAAAAGUGGAGGACAAGCUUAUGGGAUAUGUUGACAAGAGUCUGGCAUACAAGUUAGCUGAAAAGGCUUUUGCAAUCUUGGAAGACCUGGGAGCCAAAGUUAAAACUUCUUCCCGAAAACGCAUUCACAAAGAUGAAAAUGAGCGGGAAAAGGAGAGCAAGCGACCCAGAGUUAAGGAGGAAAAGGAACCUCCUGUGGAAAGUAAGCCACCUCCGCCUCCUUCGUCUGGGCCCAACAACACCGUCAGUCCAGGCCAAAUACAGGCACAGCAGAUUAAGGAUAUUAUGGCUAAAGCUCAAGCUGUUAUUGAAGAGAGAAAAAAAGCCAUGGCUAGCCUCCACCCACCUGAACCCAAGCCAACCACAAAUGGUGCAGCAGUUCCUUUGAUGCCUGGACCCCCACCCUCCUUAUUAGGGGCAAUGGGUGGUGGUGGGGAUGUGAAUUCUCGUAUUGCUGAACUACAAGCCCGCAUUCAGGCUCAGCUGGUGAGCAACCCAACACUCAGCCUUCCUGGACUGCCAGUGGGGGUUCCUGUUGGCACACCACCUUCUCCAGCUGCUGCUGCUAAACCAGUUGGAGAGCAAAGCAAGCCAACACCUCUCAUUCUUGAUGCUGAGGGUAGGACAGUGGACCAGAGUGGAAAAGAGGUUCAUCUGACCCAGCGAAUUCCAACACUAAAGGCCAACAUCCGAGCCAAAAAACGUGAGGAGUUCAAACAGCAGCUACAGGAGAAGCCCCUGGAGGAUACUGCCGAAAGUAAUUUCUUUGAUGGUCGUAUCAGUGGGCGGCCAUCACUGCGAGUGAAGAGGAUGUUCAAGUUCCAUGACCAGGGAAAAUUCAUCCAGCUGGCACAGAGGGAAAGAGCCAAGUCUCGUCUUGAGAAGCUUCAGUUUGAAAUAUCACAAGUGGCCAAAAAAACCGGUAUCUCCUCAGCGGCAAAACUUGCCCAGCUGGAACAGCGAGAGUUGAAGAGUGGCCCGGAUGGCUCUCCAGACAUUGAGUGGUGGGAUGCUGUAAUACUGCAGGGCAACAGGUAUCCAGAAGAAGGGGAGCCGGUGAGGGUAAAGGAUGACUUCAUAACUAGACUCAUAGAACACCCACUUGAAGUUAAGUGCCCUUCAGACCCAACCAAGCCUGUUAGCCUUCAGGUCUUCCUCACCAAGAGAGAGCGGAAGAAGCUGCGCCGUAUGAACAGGCGAGAAACUUGGAAGGAGAAGCAAGAGAAGAUUCGCUUAGGCUUAGAGCCACCCCCAGAGCCCAAGGUGUGUGUGUGUGUGUGUGUGUAUGUAUUUACCUAGUUGUAUUUACUUAGUUGUGAAAUACAGGAAAAGAACCGUACUAGGGGCUCGUGCUGUCCUGUCUCCUUAACGCUUAUUAUCCAGUUUGGCUUUAAAUUCAUGAAUCGUUUUUGCACACACAGUCUCCUCGUCAAGUCCAUCCCAUGUUGUUAUGCUUCUGCAUGGAAAACUGUAUUUCUUGAUGUUUCUCCUACAGUCGCGCUUCUUCAAUUUUUUACUAUUCCCUCUUGUCACACUCCUGUCACGUACCACUAAGUCUUCCCUGUCCAAUUUCCCCAAUCCCUCUUGUAUCCUGCAUAAUGCUAUUAGGUCCCCUCUCUCUUCUUUCCAGUGUUGUUAGUCCCAAUUUCUCCAGUCUUUCUUCAUUAGUAUGUUCUCUCAGAGUUUCCGGUGGUCUGGUCGCUGCUCUGUGUAUUCUUUCCAACUUUCUAAUUUCUUUCUUCAAUCUAGGUGACCACACUAAUGCUGCAUAUUCCAGUCUUGGACGUAUCAUCGAUGUUAUUAGUUUCUUCACCAUUGCUUCAUCUAGAUAUGUAAAUGCUGCUUUUAUGUUUCUAAGAAGAUUGUAUGUCUCCCCAGUUAUUCUAUUUAUAUGCUUUCCAAAGGAUAACUUGUCUGGUAUUGUCAAUCCCAGAUCUUUUUCCUCUGUUUUUUCAUGAUUCUUUCAUUACUCAGAGAGCAGUUCCCCGAUAUUCAUCUACUGCUCUUACCAAACUCCAUCACACUACACUUCUUUGUAUUGAAUGUCAUUUCCCAUCUGCGUGACCAUUCGUUUAUUCUGUUGAGAUCCUGGCUUAGGGCUAUGCAUUGCACAUUGUCCCGCCCAAGUUUAUUUUUAUUUUUAUAAAAGUAAAUGAUGACGUAUAUUUUGAAUUUGAAAAGUGCUUGAGAUAUGAAAGUUUGUUUCUGCACCCCAUGUAUGUUGGUAAAUGUGAUAAAUGAGAUAACCUGCACCCCUUGUAUGACAAGCAAUUGACACUAGACAUGGUACUGUGCUGAAAUUCAUCCAUCCUGUGUAUAUAAACAAAGUCCGCGCAUGCGCAGAUCAGGAUUGGACGGUCUAAAUCUAAAACAAGGGUACGAGACUCGAUGCCAUACCUGGAGUCCUACAAUUUUCAAAAACUGGAGAAAAAAAGGUUUUGAACUGUGGUUCCACAGCAUGGGGUGUUCUCUCAUCCUGUCAGUUAAAUAUGAAACAGCAGUGCUAGUCCACUUUAUGAGUCUCUUGGUGGGCCAUCUUCCACUACUCCUCACUCCUCAGCCACUGCCAAGCCGUCGUCUGUUUGUUUAUAUACAGCCGUGCUGAUGUUUGUACCCACCACUGUUUUCCAUCCGUACAGACAACCGACAACUUGCUCCCGGUUGGGCGUACGGGCAACUGCAGUUGCCAGUAACCCCAACGGUUAGUUCUGUGACUUGCAGAGUUGUCUGCCAGCAUAUCUGACCCACGUGGAUUUGAAAUAAGAUCAUUAGUCCUCACUGAGCAGCCCUGGAGCUCUUAGAUAACAAAACACAGGGAAACACAGUGAUGCUUCAGGAGGAAAGGACAGGGUAGAGAGUGAAGAUUAUUCUGAGUACAAGGAUAACAGUGAUGAAAACAUUGUGAGCAGUGACGGCAGUAGUGAGAGUGACUUAGAGAGUGAUGUUAUUUCACCGUCUGUACUGCACUCUAGGCCAACAAGUGCUUCCAUGACAACAGUGCAGGGUAAGAAGGCUAUAGGCAUGAGGCAUGUGUUCCCCCGACUGAAACACCCAGCUCUGAGGAGGAUUGAAAGUAAGUGAGUAAAGUAGCUGUCUAAAUUAUUUCAGUGUAAAGAACAAUUCAUAUUAUUGACAUUCGGUUAUGAGAGCAAGCAGUGUUCCAUGCAGGCAGCUCACUCACGCCUUGGCUACAUUUCACACGCUCUAUCGUAACUAUUACACAACGUACCGCAAUUUGGAUUUCACCGCUGUGUUCAGUAAGUUAAGACGCUUCAUACAGUGUGAAUAAAUAACAAAAAAAUAUCAGCUGUUUUUACCCAUAUCCAGAGACCAUUUGGUGAAAACAAUACCCGUCAUUUAAGGGUUAAUUUUAAUAGAAAUUUUGACUUAA